GCCUAUAAAUACAAGCGCCCAUACCAAACCAGAUCAUAUCGACUGCAAGCCAACCAAGUUACACAGUAUCAUAAGAGUGCAGCCAGAGAUCCAAUCCUUCCUUGUCAUUGCCAUCGCAUCGAUCGAUCCAUCUUCAUCUCGGCUCUGAACACAGGGGGAAGGAAUUAGCUUUGUCAUCAAGCAGAGAUGGGAUCCAUGGGAGCGGCGGAGAGGCCACACGCUGUGUGCCUGCCGUACCCGGCGCAGGGCCACAUCACCCCGAUGCUCAACGUCGCCAAGCUGCUCCACGCCCGGGGCUUCGAUGUCACCUUCGUGAACACCGAGUACAACCAGGCUCGCCUAGUCCGGUCCCGCGGCCCCGCCGCGGUGGCCGGGGUCCCGGGCUUCCGCUUCGCAACCAUCCCCGACGGCCUGCCGCAAUCCGACGACGACGACGUCACGCAGGACAUCCCGGCGCUCUGCAAGUCCACCACGGAGACCUGCCUCGGCCCCUUCCGCCGCGUUCUGGCAGAGCUCAACGCCGAUACGGCACACCCGCCCGUUACCUGCGUGAUCUCCGACGUCGUCAUGGGGUUCUCCAUGGAGGUCGCCAAGGAGCUCGGCCUCACCUACGUCCAGCUCUGGACCGCCAGCGCCAUCAGCUACCUCGGCUACCGCCACUACCGCCUCCUCAUGAAGCGUGGCCUCGCCCCACUCAAAGAUGUCGAGCAGCUGAAGAACGGAUACCUUGACACGCCGGUGGACGACGUGCCGGGGCUGAGGGGCAUGCGGCUGCGGGACUUCCCGACCUUCUUCCGCACCACGGACCCGGACGAGUACAUGGUGCACUACGUCCUCAGAGAGACGGAGCGCACGGCGGGCGCGUCGGCCGUCAUCCUCAACAGCCUCGACGAGCUGGAGGGCGAGGCGGUGGCGGCCAUGGAAGCGCUCGGCCUGCCCAAGGUGUACGCGCUCGGCCCGCUCCCGCUCCUGGCGCGCGAGGAGCCUCCCACCGCGAGCUCCGCCAUCAACCUCAGCCUGUGGAAGGAGCAGGACGGGUGCCUGGAGUGGCUCGACGGCAGGGCGCCCGGCUCCGUCGUCUACGUCAACUUCGGCAGCAUCACCGUCAUGACCAACGCGCAGAUGGUGGAGUUCGCGUGGGGCCUAGCGCAGAGCGGGAGGCAGUUCGUGUGGGUCGUUCGCCGGGACCUCGUCAAGGGCGACGCGGCCGUGCUGCCCGAGGAGUUCCUGGCCGAGACGGCGGGGCGCGGGCUCAUGCCGUCCUGGUGCCCGCAGCAGGAGGUGCUGGACCACCCCGCCGUUGGGGCCUUCCUCACGCACAGCGGCUGGAACUCCACCAUGGAGAGCUUGUGUGGCGGCGUGCCCGUCAUCAGCUGGCCCUUCUUCGCCGACCAGCAGACCAACUGCAGGUACCAGUGCCAACAGUGGGGGGUCGGCAUGGAGAUCGACAGCAACGUCCGGCGCGACGCCGUCGCCGGGCUCAUCACGGAGAUCAUGGAAGGAGAGAAGGGCAAGGGGAUGAGGAAGAGGGCGGUGGAUUGGAAGGAGUGCGCUCGCAAGGCGGCCAUGCCUGGCGGCUCCUCCCACGGCAACUUCGACGAGCUGGUCCGCGACGUGCUCCUGCCCAAGAACUAGAAGAUCUCUCCGUUGUGAUUAUAGAACAGUAUCUUGUUCAAUUGCUUUGUAUGUACUUCCUUCGAUCCAAAUAAUUGAUUCUGGAUUGUCUAGAUACGGAUGUGUAUGUAUAUGUAUUUUAGCUCUAGAUAUAUGCAUAUUUUAAUGAAAUUGAAUCAAUUAAUUUGUA